GAGAGAGAGAGGUGGACAAUCUCAUCUUGGCUUUCUUAUGGUCUGUGAAAACUCUUGGUUCGAGAGAUGGCCUGGAAGGAUCUGAAAUUGCGAAAUUUCAGUGCAGUAAUUUUGUGGGCAUGAAUAAUCCAACACCGACCGACCCUUCCCAGAAAAGAGCAAAACAAUCCCACAUGCCACUGCCCUUUCCCACCCCUGCCCGAUCCCUCAAAUCUGAAUAGAAUAUUCCCAAAUUAUCAUCAUAAUAAUAAUAUCAUUCAAAAAAAUUAAACCUACAUUUGUUAAUAAUAAUCUCUCUCCCAGUUUCCCUCCAUAUAUACAGCCCCCUCCCCUUCCAACCCCUUCCCACAAUCCCACCCUCUCUUUCUCUCUCCUUCUCUCUGUUUUCUGGUUUGGUUUCAUCAGAAUUUUGGCCUGAUAAACCACAUACCAGCAUUGCCGUUUUUCCUUAUACAUACAUACAUACAUAUCUCUCUCUCUCUCUCUCUCUCUCUCUCACACACACACACACACACAAAAUCUUGUCUCUGUGGUUGCGUAUUUUGUUCCAUGGCUGCUCUGUUUCUGGUUCUGGGGCUUCUGCCUCUGGCCAUGGCCGGCCAUGACUACGGCCAAGCUCUCAGUAAAAGCAUUCUGUUCUACGAAGCUCAGAGAUCUGGGUACCUUCCCAGUUCCCAGAGAGUCCACUGGAGGAGCCAUUCCGGGCUCAACGAUGGCAAGGCCAGUGGGGUGGAUCUGGUGGGAGGGUACUAUGAUGCGGGUGACAAUGUGAAGUUUGGGCUGCCCAUGGCUUUCACCAUUACCAUGAUGUCUUGGAGCAUCAUUGAGUAUGGAAGGCAAAUGACCGCCAGUGGAGAGCUCAGCCACGCCAUGGAUGCUGUCAAGUGGGGCACUGACUACCUCAUCAAGGCUCACCCCCAACCCUAUGUCCUCUACGGAGAGGUGGGAGAUGGAAACACAGAUCACUACUGUUGGCAGAGGCCGGAGGACAUGACGACGCCGAGACGGGCCUACAAGAUCGACCCGAGCAACCCCGGGUCCGACCUCGCCGGCGAGACAGCCGCCGCGAUGGCCGCUGCCGCUAUCGUGUUCCGCCGCUUCAACCCUUCCUACGCCAGGCAGCUCCUCGCCCAUGCUCAACAGCUGUUCGAGUUUGCGGACAAGUACAGGGGCAAAUACGACAGCAGCAUCAGUGUGGCCCAGAAGUACUACCAAUCUGUCAGUGGAUACGCUGAUGAGUUGCUAUGGGCGGCUGCUUGGCUGUACAAGGCAACCAACAACCAGUACUACUUGAGCUACCUCGGCAACAACGGCGACGCCCUAGGCGGCACCGGCUGGUCAAUGACUGAGUUUGGCUGGGACGUGAAAUACGCCGGUGUGCAAACCCUUGUCGCCAAGUUCCUAAUGGGAGGGAGAGCCGGUAAAUAUGAAUCAGUCUUCGGAAAGUACCAGCAGAAGGCAGAGUCUUUCAUGUGUUCGUGCCUUGGGAAGGGCACUCGCAACGCGCAGAAGACUCCCGGAGGCCUUAUUUUCCGGCAGAGAUGGAACAACAUGCAGUUUGUCACCAGUGCGUCCUUCCUCCUCACUGUCUACUCCGACUACCUGGCCUCAGCCCGGAAGAAUCUUAACUGUGCUUCCGGCAGUGUCUCCCCAUCCGAGCUUCUUUCCUUCGCGAAAUCUCAGGUGGAUUACAUUCUUGGAGACAACCCAAGAGCUACAAGUUACAUGGUGGGAUAUGGAAGCAACUAUCCCCAGCAGGUUCAUCACAGAGGUUCCUCAAUUGUGUCGAUCAAGGUUAACCCGUCAUUUGUCACUUGCCGGGGAGGCUAUGCCACUUGGUUUAGCAGGAAGUCAAGCGACCCCAAUGUCCUUACCGGCGCCGUUGUUGGCGGACCUGAUGCUUACGACAACUUUGCUGAUCAAAGAGACAACUACGAACAAACAGAGCCGGCUACAUACAACAAUGCCCCUCUUCUUGGCGUAUUGGCACGACUACAUGCCGGGCCUAGUGGCUAUAACCAGCUCCUUCCCGUGGCUGUUCCAGUGCCAAGAACCCAACCAAAACCAGCCCCAACAACCAAAACAACACCAACUAAAGGUUUGGCUUCUGCUCCCAUUGCCGUUGAACAGAAGAUGACAACCUCAUGGAAUGACAAUGGCAAAACUUACUACAGAUAUUCUACAAAAUUAACCAAUAAAUCUGACAAGACAGUGAAGGAUCUCAAGGUUUUGAUAUCCAAUUUGUAUGGUCCUCUCUGGGGCCUCACAAAGUAUGAGGACUCUUAUGUUUUCCCAGCAUGGCUCCAAUCUUUGCCAGCAGGCAAAAGCUUCGAGUUUGUGUAUAUCCAUUCAGCCCCGCAAGCAGAUGUCUCGGUUGCAAGCUACAAUUUGGUAUGAGAAAAGAGGAAAUUCACACGGGUUUUCUGGUUUCUAAUGUAAGGCUGUGCAGAUAUACAAGAAGAAAGCAGUCCAGAAAAAAAAAAAAAAAAGGAAAAGAAAAGGUCUCUUUUUCUUUCAGUUGUGAUUUUCAAUUACUUGUUGAAUUGGAAUGAGUAGGUUUUAGACGGAUUUAGGUCAAAUAAGGUUGAAGACUGGAGGAAGAAAGGAGCGAAGAGACGAUUAAAACAUGUGUGCUCAUCCUCUUUCUGCUCCACUUCACUGGUGAUAGAUAGAUUUGGGAGAGAAACAGUGAAUGAAAGAUUAAGUGUUUAGAAGUGAAGCAAAUUCAUUCUUGACCAAAUUCAAAGAGUCUUCUCUUUCUUAGUGGUUGAAAAACAGCUUUGAGUGUUUUCCCCUUCUUUCUUGCUCUCUUUUUUGUGUUGUGAUCCUGUAAGCUUUGUAACAUUUCAUCACUCCAAUAUAAAUACAGUUUGUUCAAUGCC